AUGACCAAGUUCUGUGACUUGGUUGAUCUUGAAUAUGAUGAGGUAAAUGAACUUGUCAACAUUCAGCGCAGCGUUGCAAUCACUGCUUCCACCAACACCAUAAAACGCUCAAUUCAUCUGGUGCAAGUAAAGCUCUCAACAUCACCUGGAAGGGCAAUUUUAAGUGAUAACAGUCAGCUGCAAAUCCUGCCCAUUCACUCGAGCUUCGAUGCCAACAAUCGCCUAGUUUAUGAUCUCAGCACAAACAAGCCAGAAAAUCAACUGUUUAGCAGUGAAACAUUUAACCAAGCAUUUCAGCAAACAACGCCUUUCAAUGGCAGACUUGAGCCGCUCGCGAAAAAGUCACCAGUUCAGAUUUUCAGUGAACAACAGCCUGCUCUGAGCGACGACAGUGAGCAGUUCUUUGCCGAUGCCGAUGAUGUAGAGGCCUGGAUGCUGGACUUUCGUCGCCUGGUCAGCAGCAAUGACGUUGGCGUGGAUGAAGCGACCACCCAGUCGUUGAUUAUGAAGCACAACAACUCCUGCGGGGAGCUGAAGAACUACUACAACAUAAUUGAAGGGCUGAAACAGCAGGCGGACACUCUGUGGAGCAACUUUCGCCGUCCGCCGGAGGUUGUCGAGCGCAUUUCCCGCAUCGGCAACAUGUACAACCAGCUGAUUGAUGCGGCUAACAGUCGCAAACAGGCGCUGCAGAACACCUUUGUGCAGUACCGUCUGGGCAGAGUGGCGGACAGUGUCGAUCAGUGGGUGGAGGAGAAGGAGAGACUGCUCUCCUCGAUGACAGUGGGCCGAGAUCUGGAGGAGAUUGCGGCGAUGAAGGAUCGUUUUGAUGCAUUUGAAGAGGAACUGAGCUCCAUUGAGCCGAAAAUCAAGUUUGUCAAUGACUUUGCAAAUAAACUGCAGAACUUUCAACGAGUGGUCAGCAGAAAGAAUGAUGUCAAUGAAAAAUGGGACAAACUGAAAGCCCGAGCCGAACAAAAGAAGGCGGAAAUCAAUGCCGCCUAUGAAGUGCAGACGUUCCACGAUGAGUGCCUAGAGACGGUUUCGCAGAUUGAGGAGAAGACUCGCCUGUUGCAGUCCACUGAUGAAGCUGAUAAUGACCACCUCCCUGCCAGAGAACGUGAUUUGUCAGCCAUCUCCUCACAGGUUGAUAGUCUACAAAGAAAGGCUCAAGUAAUACAAAACAGGCAUCCCCGAGCAGCAAGGGUGGUUGGUGAUCGCGUCACUCAGAUGAGCACUGCCUUUAACCAGCUCGAUGGGCUCAUCAAGGCGCUCGUCGCCAAGCUCGGCGGGGAUUUGCAGCGAUUCCUUCGCGACCUGGAGCACCUUCAGACGUGGCUGAAGAGCACAAUGACUGCCGUCGCUUCAGAGGACACGCCAAAGAGUUUGGCAGAGGCAGAGAAGCUUCUGAGCCAGCACCAGCGGAUCAAGGAGGAGAUUGACAAUUUCACUGCGGAAUUCAACAGCCUCAUGGAGUAUGGUGAAAAGCUGACACAGGACAAGACUGACCCGAAACACAUAUUCCUCUUUGAACGGCUGAAGGCGCUUCGCGACGGAUGGAGUAGGCUGCAUAAGAUGUGGGCGAAUCGCCGGCAGUUGCUCUCGAAGAACCUCGAUCUACAGCGGUUUCUGCGUGACGCCAAACAGGUGGAACUGUUGCUCAAUCAGCAGGAGAUUUACCUGGAGAAGGACGAGGUGCCGGCGAACCUCGAACAGGCGGAAAGUGCCAUCAGGCGUCAUGAGGAGUUUAUGGAGAAGCUGAUUGCAAGCGAAGAUGCGGUCAUUGCUGUGCUGCAGUUUGCUGACCGUUUGAAGAGUGACAAUCACUUUCACGCGGAGAAGAUUGCAGAGAAGAACCUCGAUCUACAGCGGUUUCUGCGUGACGCCAAACAGGUGGAACUGUUGCUCAAUCAGCAGGAGAUUUACCUGGAGAAGGACGAGGUGCCGGCGAACCUCGAACAGGCGGAAAGUGCCAUCAGGCGUCAUGAGGAGUUUAUGGAGAAGCUGAUUGCAAGCGAAGAUGCGGUCAUUGCUGUGCUGCAGUUUGCUGACCGUUUGAAGAGUGACAAUCACUUUCACGCGGAGAAGAUUGCAGAGAAGGCCGACUACAUUCAGGAAUGGUACGAGUUCAACAUGGAAAUGGCCAAACAGUACUGGAGCAAGCUGCAGGAUCAGUACAAGUUGCAGCAGUUCCUCACAAACUGUGAUGAGCUGAACGAAUGGAUUCAGGCAAAGUACGGCUCCGUUCUCGAUGAGACGUACAGUGCCGGCGCAAAAACGGUGCACAGCAGGUGGAUUCGCCACCUGGCCUUUGGGGCUGAGGUGGCCACCACCAAGGACUGCCUGCACCAGAUUGCGCAGAAGGGCAAAGAGCUGGCGGCGGAGAAGCCGGAAAUGGAGCCCCUGGUCGACGCUAGACUGGCCGAACUGGAGGAGCAGCUGGAGGAGCUGCAGAGGGUGACCAGGGAGAGAGGCCAGCGGCUGCAGCUGCAGGUGCUCGCCAACCAGGACCUGGAGGCGCUCAAGCGGACGCAGUACCUCAAGGAGAAGUACUUCCGACUGUGGCUGCAGAAGGACGAUCUUGAUUACAUUCGCACUCACACCACGCUAAAGCACGGCGAAAUGUGCGGCGUCAUCUUCGGCAUGGACUGUGCCCGCAAGGUUACGAAAAAUCUCAACUGGACGAUUGCCAUUCCCGAGCGGAAGCAGAGCAACAAUGUGAAACGAUCGUCCUCAUCGUCGCCGUCUGCUGCCGCCUCGGCCGGGGCAGCCUCGGCAGCAGGAGCAGGGGCAGACGACGCCGAGGCCGAUCUGAUGUCCGACAUCGACUAUCGCGACUCGUACAAGAGCCUGGCGAAGUUGGUGCAGAUCACCGACAUUCACGUCGACCCGUACUACGAGCCCGGCUCGGAGGCGAACUGCGGCGAGCCGCUCUGCUGUCGCUCGACAAACGGCCCCGCCAAGAGUCGGGACCGCGCUGCCGGGCCCUGGGGCGACUACCGAAACUGUGAUACGCCCGUGCCAACGCUACGACACGUCCUCAAGCACAUCAAUGAAGUGCACUCUGAUGCGGAAUAUUGGAUGUGGACCGGCGAUGUGGCGCCGCACGACAUCUGGAACGUGACCCGACGCGAAGUGAUCUCCCAGAUGAAGCUGGUCACCGGUCUCAUCAAGCAGUACGCCCGAGUGCCCGUGUACCCGGUCAUUGGCAACCACGAAGGAGUACCCGUCAACAG